CCGAUUUAAACUGGGAAUCAGAGAAUGUGUGUUUGCGGCUACAACUCCUGAACAGAGUGGUUUUAUCAAAGGGGCUUCUCCGUUUAUCGCACACGCCGGUAGGACAGAGAGAGAGAGAGAGAGACUGACUGUGGAGCGAAAAACAACUUCCGAAUUUGGUAUUUACGAAAAAAAAGUGGGAUUACCUCCUCCCACCCCCCCCCCCCCCCACCUGGAAUUCCCCCAAUCAAGCUUCUUGAAUCUAUAACCUGCUUCAUCCGCCCUCCAUUCAGGGAUAACACAUCAAGGAUGUCAGCUCUCACUUCAACAGUGUUAUACAUAUGCCUGAAUUUACUGACUCUGUAUUCCCAAGUCCAGGAAUCAAAGCAGACCACAGAGCACUUCAGGACCUACGUGGAGAACCACACCAAACAUUCAGAUGACCUGAGUCGGAAGCAGAUCCGAAUCUACCAGCUCUACAGCAGGACCAGUGGCAAGCACGUCCAGGUGCUGGGCAAGAAGAUCAACGCCAACGGGGAGGACGGUGGCAAAUACGCUCUUCUUGUGGUGGAGACUGAUACAUUCGGCAGCCAUGUGCGAAUAAAGGGCAAAGAGACAGGUCAUUACAUCUGCAUGAGCAAGCGAGGGAAGAUUCUGGGCAAGCUCAAUGGGAAGAGCCGGGAGUGUGUGUUUGUGGAGGAGGUCCUGGAGAAUAACUACACUGCUCUGAUGUCUGCCAAGUACAAGGGCUGGUACCUGGGCUUCACCAGGAAAGGACGGACCAGGAAAGGAUCGAAAACUGAGCAAAACCAGAGGGAGGUGCAUUUCAUGAAAAGACCCCCCAAAGACAAAGGGGAGCACCAUAGACCUUUCAAAUACACCACAGUCACUAAAAGGACAAAACGAGCUCGACACCAUAAGACCAGCUAGGACCUAGGGGACCUCUAUCAGCCUGCUGGCUGCCUCGGAUAAAUAUUUGUGUUUGGGGUUUUUUUUGAAAACUAAAGAUACUUUAUUUUUAUACUCAUGAAAGGAACUGCUCUGAAUUGACCUAUAUUUAACGGGAAACUGGGCGUGUGUGUGUGUGCGUGUACGUGUGUGUGUCUGUCUGUCUGUCUGUCUGUGUGUCUGUGAGUGUGUGUGUGUGUGUGUGUGUGUGUGUGUGUGUGUGUAUAAGGGUUAUUUAUAAAAUGGCCAUUUCUCAUCAGGAUCCUGAAAACAAUAGGCCCCUCUCGUUGGCCUGCAGCUAGGCUGCAGUUUAAAAGCUUGACAGAAAUCAUAAGAAAAAAGUCUUAUUUUCUGUGGCUUUUGGUUUGGAUCCAGAUUUGAAUGCUAGCAUCCAGAGAGAGGCACACAGUGCUGGCUGGAGUUUAUGGGUAAGGGUGGGGUUGGGGGCAGAGGUGCAUUGGCUCAUCAUUUUUUAUAUACAUCAUAUAUAGACUGUGCUCACUUGAACUGUGAAAACAACCCAGUAAUGCAAUUCUAAACUGCAUCCUUCCACACGGGAUGUUAUUUUCUGCUGGGAGUGUGUGUUGAUCUGUAAAGUUCUGAGGUGACGAACUGUUUGCAACACUGGUAGCAUUAAAAGCAAUUUGACAUUUAUGAAAGACUUUUAUCCCACAAGUGAUGAAAUGUGUUGGCUGAAAUCCAACUCCCUCUCCCUCCUGUUACCUACCCGCCCCCCCACAUCCCCACCCCCACCCCCACCCCCACAGUGUCAACUCACAAAGAGAUGGCCAGGUAACAACACUAAGUUUCCCCUUCAAUCUGCCUCAGGAUGGUUUGAUUGCUUCUUUUUGACCUUCCUUCAACCAUUAGCCUUUUUUUCCUUCCUCUUGAGGAUCUUUAAAGCCAAACCUCACAUCAUCAAAUGACCACUUUGUGCAUGCCUUCUUUCCCAGCUUGACAGUGUCCUGCACUCUGACCCUUCACUGAGGAUUCCCAAAGACAAAAAACCGAUACACGGGUCCCUGUCGAACAUUUUGUCUCUGGUCUACGCUGCUGAAAUGGUCCCCGUUCUUUUUUGACCCUCUUCUCUUUGAUUAGCGUUUAGAUUUAAUUCAGGAAAAUAAAUUGUACAGUGUCUGUAAAAAUAUGUACAAUUUUCAUUUUAGUCAUAUUAUCUCCUUUCAAUUAUUAUUAUUUACAUUAAUGUGAUCAAUGAUAAAUCAAGGCUGGGUUAAGAGCAAGACAUUAUUGCUUAUCUUUCGAGUUUUGUUAAUGACUCUUGAACUUGAGAUUUUUUAAAAAUCCGUUCAUAUUGACAACUAAUUUCAAGUUUGCCCAGUUAUGCUGAAGCUGUGGAAUAGUGGGGUUCAAGGAAAAGGUAUAGUCAAUCCUGUGUGUAAUUUUAAACUUCACAAAGAACCUUUCGUCUGACAAAGGUCCUCUGCAAAUACAGCAGGCGAUCACAUGUUUUGGGACCACUUGUAAUGGAAGGAUUGGUAAUGAGUCAGUGGAACGACUGACCAACUGUUCUCAGAGGAAAACGUUUUCCCAUGGAAAUAAUGCCAGCCAGGAUACCGAAAUAUUACUGUGUGAUCAACAUGGCUGAGCUGUCUGGAGGGAAGAUUCCACUGAAGAGAUCUUGGGAAUAAGCCUCAAGAACAGUCUGUACUCUAGGCAUGUUCCGAAGGUGAUCAAUGGGCUAACUGGGAAGGUGUCCAAUAAAUGGUGAUUGCUAGAAAGGUUACAGUAUGAAAAGUAGCAGAUUCUUGUUGCUGUAUCUUCAAAACUAGAAUUAGAUUUUAUUGUAUUCAAGUACAGGAGUACAAUGAAAAGUGUACAAAGUCGCCAUCUUAAAAUACAAAGCCAGAAUGUAAAAUAAAACAAGAGAAGGAAUUCAAGAAACAGAGCCAAAAGAAAAAGAACAAUAUCCAGAUCUUAAAGUCCCUAUCUGACAGGAAAUGAGCAAGUCCAGAAUUUAAAGCCCUGGCCUGGAGAUUCCUCAGGGGUAUGGUCUACCGAUCACUGGAACAAGCUGCCAUUGUUGUUGUCUCUGUUGUUACCGCUGCCUCACAUCCUCAGGAGGCCAAGCUGCUCUCACCCUGCCGAAGACUCUGAGAAAAUCUUUCAAAGAGUUAAAUAAAAGAGCAAAAGAAAAGAGCAGAAGUAAGAAGAAAAAAACAAAGAAAGCAGAAAGAAGUGGAGAGCCCCGGGCCCAGAACCUGAACGCAGAGCUGCUGCUCGGUCACCAUUUGGUUAUGACAAAAGGCCAUCCCAAAAUGGAGGCCAACUGUUGAUAAGUUCUAGACCUGUUGGUCUUAUGCUAUUCUACACAGAUGCGGUGAAGAACCCCUGAGGAAAUAAUGGUAGUGCUUAAAAGUACUAUUAAAAGUACUGAAAACCAGCAGCUUAAAAGGUUCAUUUCUGAUGUCAGCAUAAAAAGAGGCAUAAAAAUGGACACUGAUGUAUUAAGGGAGUUAUUUUGGUUUGAGAACUGAUGCAAUGGUCAGCACUUCUAUUAAGGACACAGGAAAACAAACAAUGAAAGCAUUUGAACUGGUGGGUUUGGAAUUGAACUGAUAGAGUCAUGCUGUGGCUUGCUAUCAUUGGAACCACCAGGCUGGAUCACCCUCAAGUUUACCAUCUCAGUCAUCAUUCAAAAACCAUGGCUUGGAAAACAGUUUCCAGUGGCAGCUUGAUUCAUUUAUAUACAAUGUAAAGUGUAUGAAAAUAAUUUCUAUGACUAUUAUAAGGAUCGCUAUUUAUUGCAUCUGUACCUGAAAUAAAAUGUCAGGAGAUUAAUGUGGCCUCAUGAUUAAAGAAUGAGGAUUACAUGGAAAAA